AGAAGAUGACAGACUUGGCUUCUGUCAGUCGGUUUUUAACAGUAGAGAGAGAAACAGAGAGCUCUAAAAAAAAUUUAGUGAGAGAAAAUGGAAACCGAAGAAAAAUAGUUCAUUUUUUAUAUAUUAAAUUUAAUUUAUGUUGUUAAUUGCUAUUCGUUUGGGUGAAUUUUGAUUUUUUUUUUUAAAUCGGCGAAACGUUUCGGAUUUUCCGGCGAGACAUAUUGAAAAUUGAUCCCUUGCGAUCAGGAGAAUUUGCAGAUUUUUUGGAUUAUUUACUGAGAAGAAAAAAAAUGGGUUUUCUUAAAAAAGUUGUAAUAACAGAAGAUUAAGCAAAAAGUUCGUAUCUUUUUGAUUUUUUCCCUUGAAAUUUGAUUUGUUUUGAAACGAUUUGAGCAGUUUUGGUUUUCUGGAUUUUCAGUUCUUGGUGUUUUCACACACAAAAAAGUGUUAAAAAGUUUUGAUAUUUGAACUAACUUUUUGAAAGUUUCAUUCUUUUUGGAUUUUAUUUUGAUGGGUUUUUAGUUAUGAUACUCCUUGAACUGAAGAGAGAGUGGAGUGAAUUCUUUUUUAUGACCCACUAAUUUUGUUAGUUUCUGUGAUAAUUGUGCUUUUAAAAGCUAUUUUCUUGAAGGAUUUGGCUUAAUUUUGAGAGAUUAAUAAUGAUCACUGCUUAACCAUUUGAGCUAAUUUUCAAAGUUUAAGUCUUUUUUCUGAAGAAAAAUGGCAGUUUCCUUGACCCGUUUCUCAUGGUGGAUGUGGAACAGCAAAGAGAAAGACCCGGUUUCAAACGGGUCAUCUUUUACUUCACCCACUACUGAUUGGGGUUCAGGGUUGAGAGAAGUUGAGUCUGUUAAAUUUUCUAAAAAGAAUUUAGCCUCAGCAAAAAAGGUUAAGAGGAAAUGGCACAGUAGAGAAGAGAGGAGAGUUGGUAAUGUUGUGCCGUCUGAUGGUGGGGUUUGUUUGUCAGGGUCGGAAUCCGACGGUCCUGAUUGGUCCAUAGGUUGGGUUGAACCUCAUGGACCUGAGUUUAGAGGUGAUGAUGAGACUGAUGAUGGUUUUGCUGUUCUGGUUCCUUGCUAUAAGCCUGGCUGUAAGGAGUUGGUGGAGAAUUCUAAUAAUCAGCUUUUGAGUGCUAUUAAGAAUUUACCAAAUGGAUUAUCUUCUGAGGGAAAGAAGAACUAUAUGGAGUGGCUUUCUUCUGUCCAGAAUUUCUGAAGCCAAGUCUGUUACAGACAUUGCAUCAAAAUUUGAUCGAGGAUCAUCAAGUAUGACGAAUUUAAGCUGUUGAAUCUAGAAAACAGAACUAAUAUGUUAAGUUUAGAAAUGACUGUUAGUAGAAGAAAGAUGUUACUGAGCUAUUUUGUGAUUUGCUAGCUGUCUUUCUACAAUUCGGUAUCCUCUAACGGACCGAUGAUUUGAAGGGAAAAUUAUGAGUCGGGGUGGGAAUUUUUUAGUUGUAUAUAUACUUUCUAGUAUCGUGAAUAUGUAUGCUUUGAGCUUAUUGUUAGUGUACAUAAUGCUCAUCUUUCUCAAGUUAAUUAAUGCUCACUCUUUAUUUU